AUGGCUAGUGAGGAGAGUUUUGUUGUUUUGGUGCACCACAGAGGAUCUGUUAAUAGAAAAACUCGUUCCGGAGUAAAGUUCACGGAUAAGAAUCCUCUAUGUAUUGUCAUAACAUCUACGACGAGUUACGAUGACCUUGUUAGCACUGUACUAAUGAAGCUUGGUCUGGAGGGUGCGAAGCGGAUAAAGAAGUUUUUCUAUCGCAUUCCAGUCACGGUGCUACAGAAUACGGUGAAGUAUGAUUGCUUCACGAUUAAUAAUGAUGCGGACUUGCAAGUAAUGUUUCUCUGUCGGCGGCAGUUUCCGGAGGUGAGGACACCAGAGUUGUUGGCCCGGCUGGUUGAUGUUGUAUCCAGCUCCGGCGGUUCGAACAGGAAUACGAACACUAUAGCGAAUGCAGCAGGUUCUAGUUCCCGGCCUGCCGUUGCUUCCUCGUCCGUCCCUGUGUACGAACCAGUGGUCCAACAUGUCGCCUCCCCAUCUUUCGCUGUUGACCUCAAUGCCACCGAAGGCGACGAGGUAGUGGAAAGGGAAAAUUUGCCGAACGAUUUAGUGGGAGUUGCACCUGUUGGCGUAGGAGACGGUUUUUUGGACGAUGAAGACGAGGAUGACGUCGAGCCGGAUAUGAUUGACGAUGAUAGCGCUGAUGAUAUUGGAGCGACUGGGCCUGCAUUGGAGCAUCCGGCGAGGGUACAGUACAAGGUGGUGGAGUCCGAUCACCGCCGGUAUGUGGGCAAGUGUUCCGAGUUUGGGAAUGGGUGCACAUGGUUGAUUCGACUGAGUCUCCGGAAGCGCAAGGGCAUCUGGGAGGUCAAACGGUACAAUGGACCUCACACUUGCCUGGCCACAUCCAUCUCUAGUGACCACAGGAGUUUGGAUUAUCAUGUGAUUUCGGCUUUCAUUAUGCCAAUGGUUAGGGCCGAUGCAUCCGUGAGCAUCAAGGUGCUCCUGAACGCCACGGCAGCGCACUUUGGUUUUAGGCCGACUUACCGGAGGGUUUGGAUGGCGAAGCAGAAAUCUAUUGCCCUCAUAUACGGUGACUGGGAUGAGUCCUACAACGACCUGCCUAGGUGGGUCUUGGGUGUCCAGCUGACGAUGCCUGGGAGUGUUGUGGUCCUGAAGACGAGCCCGGUUCGAGUUGGACGACAGGUGGACGAAUCUCAAGCGUACUUCCACAGACUUUUCUGGACUUUCCCGCCCUGCAUCGAGGCUUUCCGUCAUUGCAAGCCGCUAAUCAGCAUUGACGGCACACAUUUGUAUGGGAAGUAUGGGGGAACGUUGCUCAUCGCGAUUGCACAGGAUGGGAACUCCAACAUUCUACCUGUGGCAUUCGCACUAGUAGAGGGUGAGAAUGCGGAAUCCUGGACAUUCUUUCUCUCACACCUUCGACAGCACGUGACCCCGCAGCCCGGUCUGCUGGUUAUAUCGGACAGGCACAACGGCAUCAAGGCUGCGCUUGAGGCCCCUGACGGCGGUUGGCUACCGCCAUCUGCGUACCGUGCAUUCUGCAUACGACACGUAGCGGCUAAUUUUGCCCUAACCUUCAAGGGCAAAGACGCUAGGAGGCUACUAGUGAACGCGGCGUAUGCGAAGACCGAGGUUGAAUUUGAUUACUGGUUUGAUAUCCUGCGAUCUGAAGAUCCGGCGAUGUGUGAGUGGGCGAACCGGAUUGAUUACUCGUUGUGGACUCAGCAUCGUGAUGAGGGGCGGAGAUUCGGUCACAUGACGACGAACAUCUCCGAGUGUGUGAACUCUAUCCUGAAGGGGGUCAGAAAUCUCCCUGUAGCAUCCCUGGUGAAGGCAACAUAUUGUAGGCUUGCGGAACUGUUUGUUCGCAAGGGGAGAGAGGCUGAGGCCCAGAUGGGAACAGGACAACAAUUCAGUCAGCAUUUGGUGAAGUGUAUUGAGGCCAACAUGAAGACGGCCAGGUGCUUCACGGUGACGCUGUAUGACCGGGAUAACUCCGAGUUCACUGUAGCAGAGACUACUCCGACUGGUUCUUUCUCCUUGGGUACUUACAGAGUAUCACUUGCCUCUCGGACAUGUGACUGCGGGUACUUCCAGGCUCUUCAUUUCCCGUGUCAGCACGCACUUGCGUGCUGUGCAUACUCACGGGUCACCUGGACCUCUUACGUUCACAGCGUCUAUCAGAUUAGCUCGGUCUUCAAUGUGUAUCGGAUGGGAUUCACACCUCCCAUCCCGGAGGGCUUCUGGCCACCUUACGACGGGCCCACAGUGAUUCCAGACCCUGCCAUGAGGCGUGCCAGAGAGGGUCGUCCUAGAUCCACUAGGAUACGGACGAACAUGGACGAGGCGGAUCCGAAUCGGCCAAAGAGGUGCGGCCUAUGUCGCCAACCUGGACACACGCGACGUAGUUGCCCACAGGUUGCAGGCUCGUCUCAGACAGGACACCAUUAG